UUCACUUCACCAGUGACCGUCGUACCGUUCUUUCUACUCAUAUUCACACACGAUUACCGAAGAUUUUUUCUUCAAAAAGUUCCAGUGACGACUAAAUGAGUUUUUAUUGCCGAUUGAUUAAUUUUUUUCAUUGUUGUUUCAUCGGGAACGAGUUGUCGCAGAGGCUCUACGGUAAUAGGAAUCGUGAUUGGACUGUCACGUGACGAACACUAUUUCACUUGUUUUCAAAUACGCGAAACGAACUGUUUUCAACCCUCUUUCAAGUACCGAUUUAUUGUAUGCAAAAGAUGGUGAAACUCUCAGUAUUAUUUUCGUUACUUUGCCUUCAUGGUGCGUACAGCAGACGACUGACCGACGAUAUCGUCCAGGACAUCGAUAACGACGUAAGCGCCCUACCGCAAGGUAAUCUGGGGUACGACUACCCGGAAUACGGUCGACCGAUGGAGUACGUGAGGAUCAACCAGCCUCCACUACCGGUCGUCCAUAAGAACGUCGGUUCACACGUGGAAUUGAGCUGCGAAGCCGUUGGAUCACCACCACCCACCAUCCAAUGGUACAAGGGACACAUGAGGAUCACCGAGAACGAAAGUUUCGAAGAUAAUUACAUCCGGAUCGAAGGCGCUCCCGCUUUGGCCAAGGUGUCCUCCCGUUUGGUGAUAAACUACGUGCUACCGAGACACGAGGACACUUACUACUGCGUGGCCGAAUCCAACAGGAACAAGGACAGAAAAGCCGUGCAAUUAAUCGUCCCAAACCGUUACGGUAAAGAGAUGAACCUCUCCCAACUGAUCGACAAGAAGAUCGUUGGAGCCCACCACCAUCCCAGGGUCACCUUCUGGGCGUCCGCCUACAUGGAUGUCAUCGGGUCAAACGUGAUUCUUCCAUGCAAAUCGGUGGGCAACCCCAACCCGGAAAUCAUCUGGAUCAACACCGAUUCGAAGCAAGUGAUCGAAGAUGACAGGUUCCAGGUGUUGUCCGAUGGUAGUUUAAGUAUUAAGUCGAUAGCGUGGUCGGAUAUGGGCACUUACAAGUGUAUGGUGAGGAAUUCGGUUGGAGAGGAUGAGGUGGAGACGUUCUUGUACCCCAUGCAGUACUCGAAAUAAGUCCGGAGGCGACCCUAAAUGGUGGCAGGUGCUCUAGGGCCCCCCCUCACUUUAGCCGAAGGUGUAUUUCCAAAAAAAAAGUCUAGUCACUCCAUUCCAAGAAAGAGGCUUUCUUGGCACACUUACUAUUAUUGUAAAGUAGUAUUUUAACAGAUUUAUUUAGUUAGUAUUAAUAGGCUAUUAAUUUAUGUACUUAUUUAUAUUUAAUUGAUUUAUUUAAAUUAGGUUUAGUUGAAUGAAAAACAAGUAAUAAAUCUAAGCGAUUCCAUUUGA